AUGAUUAUUUAGUAUUGGGCCACGGCCCAUUAUUCAAUUAUUUUCGGCCCAUCGUCUCGGAUGGGUCCGGUGGGUGAUGCACUAAACGUGUCAAGCGUACAAUAUGGUAUGUCACACUCUUACAAUGCCGGCACAGCCUGCCUGGAAUCAAGAAAAAAAAGAAGAAGAAAAGACAAGGUCUGUGUGGCUGCUGCUGUCAUCGGAAAGAAAGAAGAAAGAUCCACCGGGAAUAUGGACGAGGACGAGCAGACCCAAGAAUCAACCACUAAUAAUAAGAAAAAACCUGCUACUCCUGGGAGGUCGAUAGAUAUCUAUGCUGCACAGUGUGAAAAGUGCUUCAAGUGGAGGAAGAUUGAUACCCAAGAAGACUAUGAGGAGAUCAGAAGUAGAGUACAAGAGGACCCCUUCGCCUGCGAGAAGAAUGAAGGUAUGUCCUGUAGAGAUGCUGGAGACCUAGACUAUGAUUCCACCAGAACAUGGGUCAUCGACAAGCCUGGCUUGCCAAGGACACCAAGAGGCUUCAAGAGGACCUUAGUUCUCAGGAAGGACUACUCAAAAAUGGAUGCCUACUACAUAUCUCCUACUGGCAAGAAGAUGAGGACUCGCAAUGAAAUUGCAGCCUUCAUCCAUGCCAAUCAGGAUUACAAGGAUGCACUGCUUGGAGAUUUCAAUUUCACUGUCCCAAAGGUGAUGGAAGACACUGUCCCUUGUGGUAUAUCUCGGAAAUGAUCAGGGUAUCUCUAGGCUCUAGCUGGUUUAGUCUUUUAGGAGGUUGGACUUCUGAAUGUGGAAUGCUUAUGAACCCAUCUUUCUUUCUAG